AUGUCGACGGAAAAAGUACCGAUAAAGCCGGCCACCAGAGAUGAAAGUCAGAGUUCAAACAGCCGGAGAACAACGACGACGAGGCCACAAGAACAAAUCCAGAAGUGCCCAAGAUGCGAUUCACCAAACACAAAAUUCUGCUACUACAACAAUUACAGUCUCACGCAGCCAAGGCAUUUCUGCAAGACAUGUAGAAGGUACUGGACAAAAGGUGGUGCUCUGCGCAACGUUCCAAUCGGAGGUGGUUGCCGGAAAAACAAGAAGAUGAAGUCUUCUUCAAGGCUUUCCGGCGAUUCAAAGGACUCCGGUGGAACUUCAGAGAUCGGAGGAUUCAAGUUCUUUCAUGGUCUCUCACCAGCCAUGGAUUUUCAGCUUGGAGGACUUAGCUUUCCCAGGCUUCAGACUUCAACAACUGGUGUUUACAACCAGUUUGCUUCAUUUGGGGACAUUUCAACUUCUUCUGCAAUUGCAUCAAGCCCUUGUUUUGGUCUAGAUCCAUCAGGAAGCUCUGGACUUUCUGGUUCUUUAAUGGGUUUCAAUCUUCCUCUCUCUUCUUCUGUACUAAGACAAGGAGAAAAUGGUGGAUUCUCUGGAGUUCAGGAGAUGGGUUCAGUGAAUGUUCAUGGUAGUCUUGCUUCAUCCAUAGAGUCCUUGAGUUCUAUCAACCAAGACCUGCACUGGAAGUUACAGCAACAAAGAUUGGCCAUGCUCUUUUGUGGUGAGAAUCAGAAAGAAAGCAAUGUUCAAUCAGUUCCUCUUGAAAACCAGGCCCAGAAACCACAACCCAUUUUAUUUCAGAACCUGGAGAUCCAAAAGUCUGAGGUUUCUGCUGUUGGUAAUUCAAGAAAAGAUGGUGUAACUGAGUGGUUCUUUGACAACUCUUAUGCGCCAGUGAAUCCAAACCCAACAAAUAGUAGCAGCAAUGGCAAUGAAAACACAAGCAGCUGGAAUGGAAUUCAAGCAUGGGGUAACUUUAAUCAAUACAGUUCAUUGCCAUGA